UUUUAUUGUAGACUUGAAUCAUGUCAUGCCAAAAAUUCAAAUUUUUUAACGAUCAUGACGGGGUUUCAGAUCCUCUCAUUUCUACUGCGGAAUUUUGCUUGUACGCCCCAUUGAUUCUGUGCAUAGGAACAAUACUCACACUGGGACUUGGUCCUUCGAUAAAAAUUGACAGUGUUCUUACCGAAGUUUUAGGAGAACACGCUGUAGCUGCAGCAACAUUUUUUGCAUGUUUUAAUAUUGUACAAGUUUUUCAUCCGGUGGACGGCCAUGGCGAGGAAACGCUGGAAUCUUCAUCAACAUCCGGGGACGAAAAGUUCACUGAAGCUUCCUCCCAGACAGACGAUAGAAACUACAAAAUGGAGACAAUGGUUAUGAAGCAGAAAUAUGACAGGGAGAUCAGGAAGUUAGGCAGAGAAUCCAGGAUUGUAAAAAGGAAGUUGGGCAAGAAAAUCACAGAUUUACGAAGAAAGAUAGAAGCCACCGACAAGGAACUGAGUAGUCUGCAAUUACAAAUCCCCGCCCUCGAAAAUGAAAGAUCCGCCCUCCUGUCGGAGACCGACGCCGUUGACAAACAACUCGAGGAAGAAAAGACUCGUUAUGACACAUUGAUGACAAAAUACGAAACAUUUCAUGCUCAACUCAUGCAAAGUGGAAUAGCCUCGCUGAUGUCUAUGGAUUUUUUAAACACUAAUCCAGAAUUAUGGCCAAAGAUUUAACUGCUUCACUGAGAUACAAUUUUUAUUUCUACUGGGUGUAGAUGGAAGCAUAAUUUAUGACUUAUUAUUGCUUUUAAUAAAUUAUUAAUCAUAUUAUAAAAAAAAUGAUUUUGGCCUCAACCUUUGUUGCACCAAUUACCCAGUCGAAAAGAUAAAUGGUACUUCUUUAGAUGAUUAUUUGUGAAGAUGUAUAUAUAAAC